CAUGUCGAAAAGCCGUAAAACGGUGCGUACGACCUGCCAGAAGAGAAGACAGAAGGCCUUAAAGCUUACAAAAGUGUAGACGAUGAAACUAGGAUUGACAAGGCAUACUUUAUAUUUAUAGGCAGUAUUAAAGUCCUUUUCACGAUGAUAAUAGAAAAUGUGGAUGCCUUGAAGUCGUGGCUUGCUAAACUUCUGGAGCCGAUAUGUGAAGCUGAUCCCUCUGCCUUGGCCAACUAUGUGGUGGCACUUGUGAAGAAAGACAAACCAGAGAAGGAGCUGAAAGCCCUUUGUGCUGACCAGCUCGAUGUUUUCCUACAAAAGGAAACUGUGAAGUUUGUUGAUAGCCUUUUUGAGUCGUUAACAACAAAAAACUACCUGGGUAACCCUGCUGCUAAGGAGGCUCCAAAAGAGGAGGUUAAACCUGCUGCAAACAAGGCUGACGUCGUUGAGGCUGAAACUCCAGAGGAGGAGAGAGAAAACAGACGCAGGAGGAGUCCCCUGAGAAACCGCCCUGACUUAAACGAAUCCAGGCAAGGCUAUUUCUUUCUAACUCUAUUUAUUAUUGUUGCUGCAUUUUUACAGCAGCAGCUUCCACCGCCUCUCCUGCCCCUUCCUACCCCUCCACACCCCUUCUCCUCCGCUUCUUCAUCCGCCGGGGUCUCAGGAGCCGGAGGGGUUCCUAUAGUGACACCGGCCCACCUGCCUGACAGCACUACAGACAGCUGGUCCAUCUACUACAGCGCCCAGAGGCAGGAUGGCAUCGGGAAGCCCUUCAGCAGCAAGAAUACUCAUCUCAAGCAGCGAUGCAGGGAUUAUGAUGAAAAAGGAUUCUGUGUCCGUGGAGACCUUUGCCCCUUCGAUCACGGCAACGACCCUCUCAUCGUCGACGACGUCACCCUGCCCAAAAUGAUUCCUUUCCCUCCUCCUCCCGUCAUGCCUCCUGCCGGUUUGCCUAUGCCCCCGAUCACUGAGCCGCCCCCCUCGCUCAGGUUACCUGUGAUGCCCCCCUACCCCCAGCCACCGCCACCAGGUGUCUUCCCGAUGACAGGACCCCCACUGAUAGCUACCAGUGGGAUCGAUACCCCCAACCAUCAAUCUGCAAUCACUUCUUCUCCCCCCAUUGGACCACCCGGAGUGGGGCUCCCACCUACUCUUCCUCCUCCUCCUCCUCCUGUUCCUCCUCAGCCUCCCUCCUCGUCUUCAUCUGUGUCUCUGAGGCCCCAAUAUGUCCAGUCUGAAUAUAACUAUGAUCCAGAAGGCUACAACCCAGAAUCCCCAGGACUGACUGGUGCAGGCCGUAAUUCUUAUCGCCAGUUUAUCCCCAGAGUCCAAAGCCAACGCUCUAACCUCAUUGGUCUCACUUCUAGUGAAGGACAAGUUUGCAGAGUUGCUCGGUGUUUGACUGCAAGAAGGGCGGACCGCAGCCGACGCGACCAUCCUCCUCUCAGCAGCCCACCAAACUUUAUCGGUCAAGAUAAAAAUGUUUUUCCAAAGAGGAACCACUAUGUGAACACGAAGCUGGAGGUGCGCAAGAUCCCACGGGAACUAAAUAACAUCACGAAGCUCAAUGAGCAUUUUAGCAAGUUUGGAACAAUCGUCAACAUACAGGUGGUGUUUGGUGGCGACCCGGAGGCAGCGCUGAUCCAGUACACAAAGAAUGAGGAGGCCAGACGGGCCAUAUCCAGCACACAGGCCGUCCUCAACAACCGCUUCAUCCGUGUGUACUGGCACCGCGAGCCCUGCACCAACACUGCGGGUCAAGAGCAGAACCCAGGGACACAGGGGCCAGCCUCGGCCCCGGGCCAAGGCCUGCAGCACGGCAACAUGCAUAAGGGGAUCAAACAACACAGUCCAGGUGCCUACGUACUGAACAACACUGUACCAAAGCAUCCCCUGAAUGCAGCACCUGGAACCACAAAUGUCAUAAAGAGCGAUGGCCUGAAUCCAAACUCAGACCCUCUCAUUGUUCCCCCUAACACACAGAAAGGUCCCUUCCCCGCUACAGCCCCCAAAUCUUCCUCAAAGAGUCUCGGGAAAACUGGAAAAGCGCUAGAAGCUCAAGAAGCUAUGAAAAAGAAGCAGGAGGCAAUGAAACUCCAACAGGACAUGAGGAAGAAGAAACAGGAGAUGCUGAAGGCACAGAUCGAUUGUCAGAAAGUGCUGAUUAACCGCUUGGAGAAAAACCGUACUAUGAAGCCUGAGGAGCGGGCCAACAUCAUGAAAACCCUGAAGGAGCUAACGGAGAAGAUUACGCAGCUGCAGAAUGAAAUGAACCCCUCCCCUCAGGUCUCAAGUGGCAAAACCCCUCACAACCAACCCAAGACCAAAACUGAUGCCCAGAAAGAGUUGCUUGAUGCUGAAUUAGACUUUCAUAAAAAGAUGAGCUCUGGAGAAGACACCACAGACCUUAAGAGAAAACUUGGACAGCUACAGGUGGAGGCAAAACGACUUGGUCUGAUCCCACCGACGGGUCGGGGCCGAGGCCGCGGGAAGAUGGCGCUGGAUCCCGGCGCGAUGCACAUGGGGCGCGGCAGGAGCCGAAGCCGGGAGAUGAUGGCUCGCGGUGGGGUUGUGAACCGCAUGGUUGUGGACCACAGAACCAGAACGCUUGCCAUUUUAGGAGUCACACAGGAGGAAAAGGAAGAGCUAAUGCCGCAUUUUGUAGAUUUUGGUGAAAUCGAAGAACUCCGUGACCAAGAUGCCAACACAGUCAUCAUGACUUUUAAGACGCGAGGCGAAGCAGAGAAUGCAGCCAAUCAGGGAGCCAAGUUCAAAGGUCGCGUUCUUCAGAUUUCUUGGUACAAGCCCAAGACGUCGUCUGUCACGUCCGAGCCUGAGGUGGAAGAGGCUAAAGAUGAGGAGAAGAAGGAAUCGAGCUCCUACCUUCCAGGAAACAACGCAGGGGGGGAGGACGAAGAGGAGGAAGAGGACGACGAUGAAGACGACGAGUACGAGAGCCGAUCUUGGAGACGAUAAGACAGAUUUGUCCCUGCAUGCCCUCCAGUGGAUUCUGUUCUUUUCUCUCCUGCAUACAAGGAAACUGUUAUUUUGGGUUGUUUUUUUAUUUCUUUACAUUACUUUUAGACUUGAAUUAAUGGAAAACAUCUUUAGUUUUUCAGAGGGUCGUUAGUUUUUUUUAGCCCUCAGUGAAACAUGUAGAACGUCUCACUUCUGCUGAGAGUGAUAAAUGUUUUGUUCUUAUAGAUGGAAAACAAAUCUAUGUAUGUUUUAGUGUGCUUAUCAAAUGAUUAAUAUCAGUAAUGCACAACAUUUGUGUCUACUGUGAAUAGGUAUUUUUAUACAUACUGUAUUUAAGCUCUUUUUCUCACCAGUUUUUUGUAUAAAACAAAAGAAAUGAAACGAUCUCACCCUCACUUCAGGGACAGUCAUUCCAUCACCAGUAGAAGGCUUUCUAUUGCUUCCAGAGAGAUUAUUUUUCCACCACAUGGAUAAACUGUGUUGUUCUUGGUAUGGUUUCCACUUUCACUUUACUCUCAGUGUAACUUUCGUUCGGUAAAACUUAGUUCCAAAAUUGAAGAAUUGAUCAGAUAUAUUUUAACUCGCCCAACACUUUUAGGUGAGUGCAGGCGCUGAGCGAUCCCGGCGUAGUUGAUCAGUGUUUACAAAUAACAGUCUCUGUGUCAACCUGACAGUUUUGUAGCAUAUAUCCUGAUUUUCCCCACCUUUUUUUCCCCCGAUGUGAAAAAACACGCAUUUAAGAGGGUGUAAAUGUCUCGCUUUUUGAACUAAGGCUCCAACAUUUCCAAAAUAUGACAUCCAUAGACAGGUGUUUGAAUGUAGUACUUAACAGUUGAUUUUAUGAUAAAAGAAAAUAUGUGUGUAAUUUCUUUGCCUUAAACUAUCAGCGGAUCGCUGAGUUUUUACAGGAUUUGUGAUUUACUUUUGUAAAUUUUGUAAAUGAAGAGAAAUUACUGUUAAGAUUUGCAUCUUUUUUUGUUGUUUUUUUUUUUUCUCUUAAAUGGCAGGAUUGUAUCAGUAGAAGAGUUCAAACAAGUGCACAGUUUAGAAUAUGAGUUGGACAGUCUUCAUUUUUACCCUUCAUCUAAGUAAAAACUUUGCUCUAAAGAAGCUCUCUGAGCUGCUCUCAGUUAAAACACUCUUUUUAAAGACCUCCAAGUCGUUCAGCACAGCGUAACGUUUUGUUUUUUUGCAUAAAGUGCAGCGCUAGUGUUGUAGUCUACACCACACCAAGCCAGAAAGAGUACCAAGACAAGGUCAAGACCUUAUAUGGACUUGUCUUGGUUUGUGUGGUCUUGAUUACACCACUAUGCAGCGCUGCCGCAUGUUGUCAGUGUUGGUUUUCUAGCUGGAUAAAGGAAGAUUUUGCCCCGUUUUUGCGUUUUUUAACCUUUUCUGUGAUGCAGAGUUAUUAGAAUGGGAGCUCAGUUUGUUUUUUGUUUUUUUAUACAUUAACUCAGUAAGAUUGCAAUACCCCUACAACAAAUUGUUUACAUUCAGCUUCCUAGAACUAACUUGGUCGACCAGUAAAGACAGAAUGAAGCCAAAUUAAAGGUGAGAUUAAUUUAUUAGCAGGUAUAUUUCCUGCAUGUAAAUACAUUUAGCUCCAGAGCGGCGGUAUCACUUAAGAGGAUGGGAAACUGUUUCAAACAAGUUUGUCAGUCUCGGUGAGAGAUUAAUACGUUUCAUUGUAGACCUUUCCACUUUGCCACAGAGGUUUGUCAUUUUUGUUUUUUCUUUAAUUAUCUAAAAUACAGAUUCAGAGUGUCACUCAGUUUCUGUUCCAACUUCUGUUAUGCUAUCACUCAAUAGUGUACAAAUGUAAAAUGUGUAUUGGAUAACAGUUUUGGAUUUGUUACUGUUUAUAUUUGCAGGAUGUGUGUGUAUUUUUUUUUUCAUGUAUUUUAUUUGUAUAAAAUUGAUUUAUAAUUUACUAGCAUGUUUGCUUUUGCCAAUAAAGACAAAGGAAUGGGGUGCUUGUAAGAUAAUACCAAAAAAAACUAAAUAUAAAUAAUUGGAUUGGGAAAAAAAAAAACAAUCU